AUGAAGACAAGAAAAGAGUUGUGUUCAUCUGGAGCUGGUGCAGAUGAAGUGUCAGUGAAUGAGGGAGAUUCAGUCACUCUAAACACUGAUGUUGAAACAAACCAACAAGAAGAGGUUGCAUGGUAUUUUAAUAACACUCGCAUCGCUAAAAUCAUUGGAGAUCUCAGUUAUAUCUGCACUGAUGUUCAGUGCAUUGAAGGGACUGAGAGAUUCAGAGACAGACUGAAGCUGGAUCAUCAGACUGGAUCUCUGACCAUCAUGAACAUCACAAACACAGACUCUGGAGAUUAUAGACUAGUGAUCAUCAGCAGCAGCAGCGGCAGUGAAAAGAUCUUCAGAGUUGCUGUUAAUGAUGUUCCUGCUGCUCGACGAGAUGAAAUGAAGACCAAGUCUGUAGUGGAGGGGGAAUCUGUCACUUUACAUCCUGGUGUAACAAAAAACCCAAAUGUUGUGAUGACGUGGUAUUGUAAUGAGACUCUCAUCGCCGAAAUCACUGGAGAUCAGAGUAAGAUCUGUUCAGAUGUUCAGUGUAAAGAGAGAUUCAGAGACAGACUGAAGCUGGAUCAUCAGACUGGAUCUCUGACCAUCAUGAACACCAGAACCACAGACUCUGGUGAAUAUAAACUGGAGAUCAUCAGCAGUAGCAGCAGUGUUGUUGUCACCAGUUUAAAGAGCUUCAGCGUUUCUAUCACCGCUGUUCCAGGACUGUCUCCAGGAGCUAUAGCAGGAAUAUGUGUUGCUCUGCUGCUCGUCGUCUGUGUGGUUGCUGGUGGUCUUGCUAAAAGGAAAGGUGAGAAUUAA